AUGAAAAUUCAUACUAGUUGGGGCCAUUUGAAGAGACUGUCACCAAUUUUCCCCAACUGCUGCUUGAACUUCCUAGACAACGCUGUUGCUCAAGGGGAUUUUCAGCGAGCAGUCACGUGCAUCCAACGCUGCAAAGAUAUGCUGAUGAGACUGCCCGGAGUGCCUGGAUACCUCUCAAUUCUUUGUUAUAACUUUGGUGUGGAAACCUACUACCAGAAGAAAUUUGAAGAGUGCUCACACUGGCUUGGCCAAAGCUAUGAGAUUGGGAAGCUGGAUAAGAACAUUUCUACUGGCCAAGAAAUGCAGGCCAAAGUUCUCCGCCUGCUUGCUAAUACUUACUUGGACUGGGACUGGGAACAAUAUCAAGACAAGGCUCUCGAAACUAUAAACUUGGCUAACGAGGAAUGUUUACAUCAAGCUGGAUUAUACUUAAAGAUAAAAAUCCUUUUGAGACUGAAAGCAUCUGAUGAAGAACUCCAUGAAGCUGCCAUGAAACUCCUGGAUCUCGAGGUGCCUUUAGAUUUCUUUUUGAGCACGGCUAAGUUGCUUCUGGAGUAUGGAAGAGAUUCUGUUGGGUUUGAUUUUCUGAAGACCGUCUGUAACCAAUUUGAGUCGUCAGCACAUAUUGGAAAAGCCUUUUUGCUCCACAUUGAACUCCUCUUACAAAGGAAGGAAGACCAGCUUGCCAAGGAGAAGGUUGAGGGCAUUCUUACAGCUCAUCAUGCAGGAAAAGAGCUGCCUCGCGGAAUAUUAAGCUGGCUGCACAACAUUCUUUGGGACCAAGCUGCCCAAAAUUUUGAGGCGCAGAAUUACUCUGAAGCCCUGCACUGGUAUAACUAUUCCCUGAGUUUCUAUCCAUCUGGGCAGAUGGAUCUGGACUUUGCCAAACUGCAGAGGAAUCGAGCUUCCUGCUACAUUCAUCUGAAGCAGCUGGAAAAGGCCAGCAAGGCUGUAAAAGAAGCUGAAAGAUAUGACGCUGCCAACGUUUUCACCCAGUUCAUCAUAUUCAAGAUUGCGAUCUCAAGAGGCAGUACUGAUGAAGCCCUGGUGGCAGUUGAUGCCUUGGAGAAAUCCAUGGCGAACCCAGCUGUACAAGAAGAAGAGAUGAUUAAAGAAGAAAACUCAACAGCUGCUUUUCUCAGUCUAGCAGCCCAGUUUGCUUUAGAGAAUGGGCAGCAAGAUGUGGCUAUGAGAGCCCUGGAGUACUUAGCUCAACGUUCCCAAGACCUGCAACAAGUUCUUACUGCUUUGAAGUGUUUGAUUCGUCUUGGUAUUCCCCAAAUCUCUCAAACAACUGAACUGGAAGAAAACAGAAAGGAAGAAAUGGACAGACUUUGGUCCUGGCUGCAGAUAGCCCACCAGAGACUUGCUGAGCCGGUAGCAAAAGAGAAACUGACUUUGGAUGUGUGGACUAAUGAAGCCCAUUGGUUUCGAAAAAUAGCCUGGAACUUGGCCAUGCAGUGUGAAAAGUGCCCAGGAACCAUGCGAGACUUCUUCCUGCUUUCUUACAAGCUCUCCCAGUUUUGUCCCUCUGAGAAAGCAGUUCUGAUUUCACAAAAGACAUGUUUGCUGAUGGCAGCUGCUGCUGAUUUAGAACUAGGGAGAAGCGCUUCAGAAGCUUCCCAACAGACUGAGAUGCUGACUCAUGCACUUGAGCACAUACAGGGGUGCAAAGAAAUCGUGAAUGUCCUGAAAUUAGCAGGGGACAGCUCCAAGGAUCCAACUGAGAAUUUGCUUCUCCUUUAUGAGAUUGAGGCCAGAGCCAAGCUGAAUGAUGCAGGCCUGACCAGCCUCCUGGAGUCUGUGUGGGAGCUGCCUCAAUUAGAGACCAAAAUACUAGAAACGAUUGCAUCUGUAGCAGUGGAGCACCCUGCCCACUAUCCAGACGUCUCGAAAAAGGCCUUGAAAAUGGCCUUGUGUCUCUACCUGCAAGGAGAACCCAUUGAUGCUGUGAAGUUCAGCAAAUGUCUGCACAGCUUCAUUAAUCUUUUGCUGCCAGAUGGGGUAUUGAGCACAGAUAUGUGUCCCCUGCAAGAAAUUUGGAGAAUCUUUGAAGAUGCUCUUCAUGUGAUCCGUGUCUCAGAGGAAUACCCACAGGUGGAGAUUCUUUGGCUUAUGACUAAAGCCUGGAAUAUGGGAGUCUAUCAGUAUAGUGAGGGCAUGUAUGUAACUGCUGAGAAGUGGUGUGGCCUGGGAAUUCGCUUUCUUGGCCAUCUUGGCUCCAUGAAGAAGUGCUAUGAAGUGCAGAUGACUGAUGUAUAUGGGGAGGUCUUGGCCAAGGUGGAGAGAGAUAAGAGCUUGCCUUCCAACGAAGAAUAGGAGCUACCAGAACUUGGAGUGCAUGGAGGUACUCAGUAACACAGCAUCUAGGUCUGUUCUCAUGAUCUCUUGGAAGUUUUAAGGUUAUGGGGUUAGAUUGACUAAAAUGACAUGAUUAUUAGGGAAAAUUGUCAGCAGACAUGUUCUUAAGCCUUGGGUUCUGUUGUUCUGAGGACUAGUUCCUGUGUCCAAUAUUGUUCUAACUAAUAAAAGUGGCUGUUCCUCCUUGCCAUUUCUGUGUGCCAUAUCUCUGUCGUUCAUCUCUGGUUCAUUUAUGGUAGAAUUUUUUGAAAGUGGUUGAGGGCCCUCAGCCAUUCCUCCCAGGUCUGUCUCUGAGUCUUCUUCAAGCUCAAAUUCUCUGCAGGAAAUGCAUCCCUCCUCCCCUCCCCCUGAUCCCCAAAACACACACACACACACACACACCACACACACACACACACACACACACGCACACACGCGCGCGCGUGUCAAGCAUGCUUCCCAAAUUCUCCCUAAGUAGGAAAAAUAUAUCCUUUCCUCUCCCACUUCCAGUUCCUCAGAGAAGAGAGGACUCAGGGUAAAGGGCUGGGUGAGAGACAUGAUAGGUGUAUUUGUCAUUUCUGACUGGACGAUAUUCCAUUACGCUUAGAAGAAGGACUAUCAUUCAAGCUCCACCCCGCGUCUUCCCUGACAAUUCUCAUGAAAUCACAGGUCUGAUGAACAAAAAAAUGGCUCUUUAUUUCUCUCUUUGACUUCCAGGACAGUUGAACCACUUGAUAGGGUCUCCUGGUAAUUCAUCAGUGUGCUGCUUUCCCACACCCAGUUGGCAGUGUGAGGUGAAACGCAAGUAGUUUUCAUUUACGUGUCUCCAUUUGUGAUUUGGAACAUGUUUUCAUGUGGUGUCUUACAAUUUGCAAUUAUGUUGAAAACUGUUCAUCUCCUUGAGAUUAUUUACCUAUUAAAGAAUAGGUGUUAUGUUUUCAUGUCAGUUCCUAUAUAUCUUAGAUAUCAGAAUUUUAUCUAUAUUUGAUUCAAGUAGAAGCAGAUUUAGAAGCAUUUUUCCCACUAUACAGGUCUUCUUUUUAUCUUAAUUGUAUUCAUGAAUUGGUUUUAUUCACUUAUUUCUAUGUUUCCAAUUUUUUCCUCAUUUAUUUAGCAAGGAAUUGUUCCCCAAGCAUUAGUUGUGGAGGUACCUCUUCCCGUUCUCUUCUCAUUUCUAUAUAUUCAGGUCACAAGCUUCUCAUGAUGGCACAUGCUGGACAAUGUUGCUUCAACCCUCAUUUCUGCCAAUGUCACAAUUUGAAUCCAUUUUCAGUAACUUUGGUUUUAGAGUCUGUCAAACACUGAACUGCCAUUGUUUAUUUAAUCACUUCCUCUAGUCUACUUCUGGCUUGUUUUUUAAAUAGUACCGAUUAGAAUGACUUCCAUUCAUAAUCGAAUUUGAAUUUGUUAUGUUGGACCAACUCCAUUCACACUUUUCAUUGAGCUUCUAGACUCUGUUCUCCCAAAUAAAUUGUUAUACUUGUGCCUAAAAAAUCCCCUAGGCAAUCUGUUAUAACAUUAGAGCUAUAAAUUAAUUUAAAUAUCAUUGUCAUUAUAAUCAUAUUGUCCCCUUUCCCUUUAUUUCUGUAAUGUUCCAUGUAAGUCUUACAUGAGUCUCUGUAGACUCCACUAACUCCUGGAUAGUUUAUGUAUUUUGUAGCUAUUUUGAAUGGAAUUUAUCACAUCAUUUCACACUGAGGUCUAUUAUAUAGAAAUGCUCAUUAUUUUGCCACCUUCCUGAAGAUACAAUCUGAAUUCUUCACUGAUUCUUUGGGGUUUUGUAAGUAUGCCUUCAAGUCAUCUGCAGAUGAGGAUGGUUCUAUAUUCUUUAUACCAGUUAGAUUUUUACUUUUGUUCUUUUGUUUUAUUGCUAUGGCUUGCAUUUCUUGAAUUAUUUCAAAUAAUUGUGAAGACAUCUCCUUACUUUACCCCUCUUUAUACUUGGAAGGUUUCUAGUGUUUCUCCAUCUCAAACAAUGCCGUCAUCUAGUUUUAAAUGUUUUUGAUCAUGUUAAAGUACCCUUCCAUGCCUGUUUUAUAUUUUUAGGGCUCUUAACAUAAAUAUUUGGGGUUGUUUUUGGUCAAAGGUGUUUUCUGCAUCUACUGAAAUAAUUGUGGGGUUUGGGCCAUUUCUUGUUGUUUAUACGAUCAAUUAUAUUGUUUCCCUAUAUUGAACCAUUUUUGCUUCUGUGGUAUGAAUUUGAUUUGGUUGUGGUGGAUUGUUUUCUGGAUGCAUUUCUAUAGUCUUCUUAAAAAAACGUUUAUUUAGCAUCAAGAUUGAUCAGUGAAAUUGGUCUGAAGUUCUCUUUCUCUGCUUUGCCUUCACUUGGGCUCAGGAAGCUGCCUUAAGAAUAUUCAGUCUCAGGGCAGCUAGGUGGUACAGUGGAUAGAGCAGUGGCCCUAAAG